UGUAAUUUAACUGAAGCAAUAAGCAAUAUUGUCUUUGAAUAUUUUCUAGUCUCAACCAGCUCUAACCCAAAUCUAUCUCCAACAGAAGUUCUUAGGAUGGACGCCACUGUUGCCCUCUCUGUUGUCGUAGCAAUCCUGUUCCUCUGUAUCGUCCUUGGGUUCGCCUUUUUUUGCUUUAAACAACAUCAGCGGAAGCAGAUUGUGGAGUAUCGUAAUCAGUUUUUUCCAGUAUACACUGGAAAACACCAGGUAAAAUACCAUGUAAAACGAGCUUAAAAUGAAGCCACUACAUAACAACCAGUGCCUGCUUGGAUUCUGCAACUUAUUUUGGCUAAAAAUGAUGUUUGUUGGACUGCUUAAAUUUCACACCCCUCCCAUUCCAAGAUCAUGCUCAACACCUACAAUGACAACUUUAAACGCGAAAAAACGGAGAAGGGGGAUUUCUUGUACUUGUGAAAAUUUUGUCUCAGAGGAGCAAUCAAUUUAGAGAAGGGGUUUUAUAAGCAGACGUCUCUCAACCUUUGUUCAAACAUGACGGCGAAAAUAAAAUGAAUUUGCGAUCUUUCAAACUUCAUCUCGAUUAUCGUCAUUUCCUUUGAUAUGUGAAACAUAGGUGACUUUACGUGGAGUAGUUGAAUUUCUAUGGACAGCCAAGUUAAAAAAGGUAAUAAAAAAAUUAUUGUCUAUGCCGCGUAACGUCCUUCGCAAAACGCACAUUGGGACUAAUUUUUUACGUCGUAGUCGUGCAAUUAAGUUUGAUAGCCCGUGCAAAGUUGUCGUUUUUGGUUGUUAAUCCGACCCGCUACUGGUUUACCUUCUCGUUACCGUCGUCCACUCUCUUUUGCUUAAAAUCCUUAGUAACCUUUCGAAAGUGGAGGGUUGCUUUACUUAUGGCCACUUUACGUACAUUCGUGUAAACUCUCAUGGUGUUGGACACUUUUGAGAAAUGAAUGAUUAUACAUUUAUCAGCAUCUGAGUUGCUUGUUCGAGGCCAGUCGACAGACAUAAUUUGCAAAAUUGCAACCAUAGAUUGCUCCUCGUUUUAAAAUAGAUAUAUACUCACGGAUAGUAAAGAUGGCGGACAUUUUGUUCAUUUCAUUUCAGGCUAUGAACCAGUCUGUUCCGCAAAAAUAGUCACGACUUUUUUUGUCGACCUACCGUGAACGAGGUGCCUAGUUUCUUUGCCGAGUGGCCAUAAAUUUAAGUCUACUUUUCAAACCUAAACUGGCUUUUGUUUAUUCUUUGACUCGACUAAAAAAGUGAUCCAUCGCCCUGAAAUGGCCUUCUAAAUUCAGGUAAUACUCAUGAACCAAACAGUUUCCAGUUGGAGGGAAUGAACUUACCAUUGCUUAGACUAAAUAGGUCCAUACUGUAUACGUUUAAUAAAAUAUUUCUUGAUUGUUUUAGAUUGACCCUAAUCGUACACUGCUUGAACAAUGUAAUGAUCUGCCUUAUGACCCUGAUUUCGAGUUUCCUGAGGACAAGCUCAUUCUUGGGGAGUUGUUAGGAUCAGGGGCCUUCGGAAAAGUCAUUAAAGCAGAGGCUAUCGGAAUAAACAACUUUAGUCCCAGAGACAAAAGUCAAAAGAAAAGUCAGCGGUGGCCUAAAAUGUUUCGUCAACACAGGGCCGGCCAUGCGUACCACGAUCCCAGAGGCAGUGCGUACACGAAGACCAUCGUAGCUGUAAAGACUGUUAAAGGUAAUGUUUCAAGUCAAGAGAUCUCUAUUUCAAGUUGUGUAACAUCCACCAUGGAGCAAGGAUGGCUGGUACUUGUCCGGGGUUGGUGGAGGGGGACAAAAAAGGAAUUUGGUUUAUAGUUACUCUAGCAGCUGAUAAUAUGCAGGGGAGGGGACGAGUUACCAGGUUACCUGCGCGGUAAUGAUGUGGGAGACGGGGUAGGGUUGAUUUGGGAAUCUGCGCCUACCAGUGGAAAAAACUCCAGCCAUGCCCCUGGAUUCAGCAUGGGUGAGGUGGGCAAUUCGCAUAGGGCCUCUCUCAUGCAUGAGUACCGUUCGUGCUCAUUCCUAUUGCUGAGGUUGUGCCCAGUUAAAGUGAACGUUGCUUGUUACAUGGUCACAUGGACUCCACUAGACCCUGUGGAAACUGCACUUUUUUUAACUGACCGAGUACUAUAUUUUGGCACUUCAGGGGAAGCUACUAAAGAGGAAGUAAGAGACCUGGCAUCAGAGCUGAAAAUUCUAAUUUGCGUUGGAGAACACAAAAACAUUGUAAACCUCCUUGGUGCUUGUAUCAAGCGAGAUCGUAUCCUUGUCAUUCUGGAAUAUGCACCACAUGGGAGUUUACAAAAGUUCCUACGAGGCAAGCGAGAUGUUUAUGAAGCAACCUGGACUACGACUGCGAGUGACCCAGAGAUAGGAUUGAAUAUAUCAAAUCUUGUAAACUACUCUUACCAAAUAUCCCGUGGAAUGGAAUACCUGGCGUCUAAAAAGGUAAUGUAGCAAUGUUGCCCCGUUCAAGGAUUCCCACAUUUCUGAAGGAAAUUCAGUUCUAAAAAGAGCUGUAGUGGCUCUUGGUUGUAAUAGACCUUUUUGGCUUAUGUUUUAUUUUUCCAUUUCACACCACGUGAUGUUCUCAAGGCGUUUUGUCUUUUCAUAAAAUAUACAUACAUAUGCUCAUGGAUGCACGAGCAAAGGAGAACUUUUGAAAGGAACGGUUCUCUGAGGUACCAUCAAGUGGUCUGAAAAGGGAAGACAAAACAUACAAGCUAAAAAGGUCUAUUCUCCAGCACUUGCUUGUUUUCUCCGUUUGGCUCCAAGGAGUUUUGUCAUGAUUUAAAUCGUUCAUUCGACUCUAAAUCUGCGCCUACUUGUUUGUUUUUCGCGUUUAAAAGAGUAUGACUAUUUGAACCGGGGCGCUUGAAAGAUUAUUAUCCAAUCAAAUCGUUUGAGCUUACCGUUUUUUGUUUUUUGAAAACAAGACCCAAUGUAAACAGACCAAAAAAAAUUCAAUGUGCAACUAUGAAACUGUUGAUAACUUAAAAACCUUUUGAACUUACCUGACCUCUCAGGAAUUGGCCCUCAAAUUUAAUGAGAAUCUUCCGUUUUCAAAAACCACCAUGAUUAUUAUGAUUUGUGUUUGGAUAAUCUAUUUCCAAAAGCCCAGCUUCGAGUAUUCGCACUGUAGGAGUUUAUUAUGAGUAAUAAAUGGUAAAAAGUAAAGUAACUCAGAGAGAAAAGACCUCAGUAGCCAAAAGCUCGCGCAAAGGAUUACAAAAAGCAACAUGUAGCAGAAAAGGUUACGGGAACUCAGAAGCGUGCGCAACAGCUGUGACAUUAAAUCAGCCAUGAACCGGGAGCGAAAGAAGCGAAGACGAAAGGGUCUGUAGCGUUGGUUUCUCACUGACAAUUCAGCGUUCGAGAGUACGUGAAGAGCAUUGUUUAACAAUGUUUAGUCUUUAUUUACUUUUACUUUCUGCAGCGUGUGCACUUCUCUGUUGGUAUAAAAAUUGUUUUUCCUGUUUUUACUGUGAUGAUGAUUAUUAUUAUUAUUAUUACUUUUUGAAAUAGCAAAAAUCUUUAUUAACAUAUGACCAAUUUACAUUCCACUAUCAUAGACUAAAAUUUUGAUGAAAUAAAAAUAUUAAAACUAAGAUCAUAAAACACUAAUUUACAAGCUUACCCCAUUAUCGAUUUUUUAAAAUUAGCGGACUUAUUAUUAUUAUUAUUAUCUCCUUCUUGUUUCUGAUGUCUUGAUUUUGCAUUUCUUCUUUCAAAACAUUUCUGUUUUAUAUAGUGUGUUCACCGAGACUUGGCAGCCAGAAACGUUCUUGUUGGAGAAGACUACGUCAUGAAGAUCGCUGACUUUGGUCUCGCUCGAAAUAUUUACAAGAGUGACUUAUAUGUGAAGACGAACAGUGGUGUUUUGCCAAUGAAGUGGAUGGCGAUAGAAUCAUUGUUUUUGAGGGAGUACUCAGAGAAAAGUGAUGUGUAAGUACAAAUGACAUUUAAAAAAAUGAAUGAAGGGAGAAUAUGAAAAUAUGCGAGGAUCGUAGUCAAGGAUGACAACUAUAUAAUUAGUGCGUAACUAGGCGUUAAAAUUAAAAAGAAGCUGGCCUUUUGAUUACUGCAAUUAAGUUAAACUUGCCAUAACAUAGUUUAGUAGGCGCUCUCCGAUUGGCUGAGAAGUAUGUUUGCAUGCGAGUAACACAGUUAAACGCAACCACGCAACCAUGGUUUGAAAAACUCGACAAGUUUACUUUAUUAACCCAUAACUAAGAGGCAUGGAACUUGAAAAAUCUUUAAAAACAUGCUAUAUCAAAGUUUUUACGCUCAAGACGACAUUUUAAGGGAGAUCAAUCCGUCCUUUAAAAUAUCACCUUCACUGUGCUCUGUUCUCUACGUUGUAAAUCACGCACGACUGGCAGCGGCUAGAACACGAAAGAAGUGUAGAGGGGAACACGAGAUGUAGUCGACUGUUCCUCUCUACUUCUUGAGUAGAACAGAAUAGAGCUCAGUCAAGACUUCUUUAUUUGUUUUAUGAAUACCGUAAGUCCUCUAUUAAGCCCCUCCGGGGGCUUUUUUUUUUCAACCACUUUAAGGGGGGGGGGGCUUAAUAGAGAGGGGGAGGCUUAAAAGAGAGGGGGGCUUCUCUAAUUUAGCGAAACGCAUCACCUGUAGCAAAUAUAACGUGGUAUGAGACAGGGUAGACUUACGCGUUGUACAAUUACAGUCAACGUCAAAAGUAUUUAAUUCACUUGUGGGAGCCUAAAAGUAACAAAAACAAAAUUCUUAUUCUUCAAAAAUGUGCUUUCGGCCUCAUGUUCUGCGGUAAUUUUUAUGAGAAUGGUUACUUGUAUUGAUUUGUCGUACCCAACUUACAAACGAAAAUCUCUUGAAAACUCCUCUUAUAUUUGCAUUUUUUAUCUCUUACAUUUAAAUGUUUUAUAUAAACAGCCUUGAAAUUUAUGAUACUAUAAUACUAUAAGAAAAUGGUGACAAUUCUCCACAGAGAAGUAGAGCGCAAAGUUGAGAAAGUUCAGCACAUGAAGUUGGAGGUCAUGCGGCCGAAGACCAAAACAAUAUGAACUUACAGCCUGAAUAAACCAUAACUGAUCAGCCCACGUUAAUCGUCGUUAAUUGUUUUGUGAAGAAUAAGGAUUGGGGGAGGGGGCUUAAUAGAGAGGGGGGGCUUAUUAACUUUCCUCCUCUGAAAAAAGGGGGGGCUUAUUAGAGGGGGCUUAUUUGAGAGGGGCCUUAAUAGAGGAUUUAAUAGAGAGAGGGGGCUUAUUAACUUUCCUCCUCUGAAAGUGGGGGGGCUUAUUAGAGAAGGGGGGCUUAUUUGAGAGGGGGGCUUAAUAGAGGAUUUACGGUAUAAAGAAUCUGUUAAAUUCCCCACACAUUCGUUUUUAAUUUUCAAAACAAUCUUUAUUUUCUUUUUAUCGCAAAAGAGUGUUGUCAGCAUGUUUUAUACUCGCAUAAAGCACGCUUUUGCAACAAAUCAGAGUGCACGUUAUAUCUGAACUUUAUUAUAAACGCAAAACAAAAACGUACUGAUUACACGUACAAAACUUCGUGUAGAUACAACACUUCGCGACUAGUAAGAACUGCUCUUUUCAUCAGCGCCAUAAGCAAAGAGCUAGGUAGCAACUUUUUCUCGGGAAAGUUGCCGCUAUAAAAGAACCGUAGCAGAAAACUGUUUUUCUGUGGUUUGCAAUUUGCAUGAAUUCUCUUAAAUUCUCCCAACACCCGAAUCUCGUGUUUAUAUCAGGGCAUGUAAACACAGCAGAUAACGUUUUCCGUGUUUUAUAAAUAGUACUCGAAAGAAAAACAAUACCACUGAUAACGAUUCUUGAAUGUAGCGCUUCAUAUGCAAGCCAGGUAAGCUUUGAUUCCAAUAAUUCCCUUGUAGUGGAGUUAAUAGCAGCUUACCAUCUGUUUCCUCGAGUCCAUAGUUUAGCUUAAACAGCUUACAAAGCUUUAUUGACACCCUUUUGGUUUGGAAUGACCCAGGCUGUGAUGACCCUUCGAAUGUGUCUGUUUUGAACCUUGACAUUUAAUAAUGCAGAUGGUCGUUUGGUAUUUGCUUGUGGGAGAUCUUUACACUGGGCGGCACACCGUAUCCCACUAUACCCGUAGAAGAGCUCCUAGGCUUUCUCAAUGAUGGAAACCGUAUGGAAAAUCCCCGAGACUGCCCUUCAGAGAUCUACAAAAUUAUGCAAGAUUGCUGGCAGGAAGGACUCGACAAGCGACCUAAAUUUGAUCAAAUCAGCCAGUCGAUUGGUACAAUACUUGAGCAACGCGCUUCCCAGGUGAGGCCUAUUUUCUACAGCUUUUGAGGCAAAGGAGGAACUAAGAGACCUUAUCCUCUCUCUCGUCAGAACUUAUUGUACACUAGGUCCUUCAAAGGAAAAAAUGAAGUUUAUCAAAAGGGGAUACUCUCUUGAGUGUAUAUAUCCUUUGUUCUGAUGGGGCGAGCGGAAAUUAAGCUUUGCGGGAAGAAUAUGAAGAGAUGACUUAUACUGUGUGCUCUUUAAAAAAUUACAAUAUUUGCAAUGACAGUGGUGGAUUCAAAUCUCUAACUAAGUGGGGGACCCGCUCAUUUAGCCCCGUAGACUGCAGUUUGACCUAUAAAGAAGGUGGAGCCCUGGGCCCCCGGGCCCCUUGGCCUCUCCAGUAGAUCGGCCAUGGAAUGAUAUAACACGAUCUGCACGCUGUAUUUUUUUUAGACUUGCGCAAUGCAGAUGCUAAAGCUAUGCAGAUUAUAAAAAUUACAAUGCUAUAAGAUCAGAGAAUUUCGACUGCCAAUUGAAAGAAAGAUUAUGAGAGAUGCGCAUCUUUUGCCGGUCAGGAGCCCAUAACCCGGAGUGAGCAACUUCCAUGCCCUUGUGUCACGACGUUUUCACGGACCAGUUUAUUUUUAGAACGGUUUUGGCGCGAAUUUUGAAUAUCUGUUAAAUUUCACAAACUAGUCAGCAAAACCUACAGACCUAACAAUGGUAUUUUCUGCAUUUUAAUAACGUUUAGGUUUCCGUUUUGAAAUCUUCUACUUCAAAUGCGCUCAUAGAUAUGGUGGAGAGUUUAUUUUCGUGGGAAGAAGUGCCCCUUAAAAUGUGUCUAAAAAUAAAGUGAUCCAUGAAAACGCAAUGACAUAGGCCUAGUAUGGAAGUUGCUCACUCCGGGUUAUGGGCUCCUGGCUGGUAUGUUUAGUCUAAACUUCGAUAUUGGGCUUAUUUUUCACAACAGAGUGUCGCGACCGAGUACCUUCACUUAACAGAAAACAACAACAACCUUGGCAUAAAAGAUUACUACCUUGAUCCACAUGAUUCAGACCCCACCGUUCCUGUGACGAGAGCAAAUGUUUAUGACAGGUUAGUACUCUCGAUUAAGCAUUUGGCUUUUAUUCUUGAAAAGUUCAGCCACAAGCGAGUUGGCUUGUCCAUACCAGGUAUUUCGUACCCAUAAAGGAGCCAACAAGUCCCAGGCUAAAGAACUUCCCAAUAUUAGUUCGACAAUAAAUACGUUAUGUUAUGUUAUCUCAAUAACUGAUAGGUAGGGCCACUCCUGCUUAUAUACUAGCUUGGCCACUGAGGGAGCGGUUAUUCGGGGAAGAAAAAGGUUCUUCAAAGGAGUACUGAGGAGACAGUAUAUCGUUAAUGAGACACAUGCAUAGUCAUGGCAAAGAACGAAAGGGACUCGUUACGUGAUAAAUAACAUUGCUUAAUUCGUGGAUACAGAUAAUGGUCUUGUGCACGGUAAAUUUAAAAUUGAGCCGAACGAGUGGGUAAUAAGAAACUGUUCUCUUAUGUCAAUGCCGCCGUUUAAUCAAAGGUAAACAAGCUUUCAGAGAAUGAGAGAAGAGAGGAGGUUCCCUUAUAACAUCACUUAUUAUUCAUUCAAAAUAUUUCCCGAUUCUGAUUGGCUAAAAGCACACGUUUAAUUCACCAUAACCAGUCACUGAUGACCAAAUUUGGAAGAAAUUUGACUUUAACGAGGAAAUGACGUCAAAAAUGCAGCGUUUUCGCAGGUUAAGGCACCGUUAACCGGGAAGACCUGGGGACGAGGUUGAGUUGUUUUGGUUGUGAUCUUGAAAAAAUAGCGAACAUUUCACUCAUUUCAAGAGUAGGAACUAGGCGAAAAAAUAGCUAAAAACAUGGCAAGAACAGCAAGAAGACAACUCGAAGGGCGACAUCUGCUAUUUGGAGAAUAUUUGCGGAGCUGGACAAACCUAAACGUACACUAUCGAAGAUGAACUGAACAUCGAUGAAUCGAUGGAGGUAUGCAUGUUAUAGCUAUGAUUUUAAACUAGGAAUUAUUUUGAAUGAAUAAUAAAACAGUUAUUGAAUUCGGCUUUCGUAUCAUAUGAAGAAUUAUGGAGAUCUCGGAAGGUGCUAUCCGUCUCGGCCUACAGCCUCGACGGAUAACACCCUCCUCGAUCUUCAUAAUUCUUCAUAAGAUACUCAGCCUCAUUCAUUAACUGUUAAUUAAUAUAUUUAAGACUGUGUGUUGGAGGUGAUUGUUAUUCAAGGAGACUCUUAUUUUUCAGUUUGGCAGGCGAAUAUUUAGGGGAAGACGCUUAAUCAACGUGAACGCCUUUUAUUUUUGACAUUUAAGGCGUAAUAGCGUAUAAACCUCAGACUGAGAAAAUCUAACUCCGUUCGCUGCGUACAAAUCAUGUCUCCAGUCCAUUGCGGUUGGCAUCAAGAUUUGAAAUAGUGAUAAUAAAAUAGAGCAUUGCGAUCUUGCCUCACAGAAUUAUCGGCUUGUCGUAAAAUGUUUUAGUGUGAUUCACGUUGCCUUCUAUAACCGUGCGCAUGAUCUAAAAUGUAUGGUCAAUUUUAUAGGAAUCUACUAUGGUUGACAGUGUUGUUUUCUUCUUAUAGGCGAUCAAGUGAAAAUAUUGCAAACAAUCCCUUACCUCCAUUACCAGAUGACAUGGAAGAUCAAUUGGAUCCUGAAUCAGAGGAGAGAGAACGGAUGCUGAAACCAGAGAUUUACGGUGGUUCGUCGGGGAGUGAGGGCAACAUAGAACUAGAAGAAUUCCAUGGUAAUGAGCAGGCUGUGGCCUUGGAACUGACGCCUAUUGCUCACUCUACAGAAAAGGCCGGAAAUUCAAAGAAGAAAACUACAAUCUUCUGA